GGGACCGUCCCUCCCAAACAAGACCCUCAAAUCUCAGCCAGACACAUCAGGAGGCUUCAGAGGGACCUGAUGUACGAGGACUAAGGACUCGCUGUGAACGUUACCGAGGCUCUCCAGAAGAGGGCAGCGUAAGACCAAGCGCAACUCCCAUCCCGUCAGGUCCUCGAACGGUCAGCGCUGUCAGGAUCACGCCUCUGACAACCAUGAAAGGCUCUCCUGACCUGAUUCCCUCUGCAGAUUUGGACCCCAGCAGAGUGUGUAAAGGGAAAGGAGUCGUCACUCUAAGGGCCACCCUCGUCCACAUAGAUGAUGAGGGCUGCAUCAGCGAAGAGCCAAAUGUCAUCACAGCACCAAGUGGCUGGACAAGCCAGAUUAAUGGAGACAGCUCGAAAGCAGGAUUGGCUGAGGGAGGCAGCAACAUCACAGCUGAUUUACCUCCUGUAAACAACACUCAGUGCCAGGCCAAUUCACCAGAGAGCAUAAAAGAAAAUCAGGCUCCAUCCACCACGGGCAUUCAGAACUGUAUAACACCCACCUCCAGCUCUGUUUAUCCCUGUACCAGCUCAGUAAACCCCACCAUAGUCCUGCUGCAACACAACAGAGAGCAGCAAAAGCAUCUUUCUCAUUUUGAAGACCCAACUCCAGAAAGGGACAAAAGCCCAGAUCCUGGGAGAGACUCGGUCAGUCCAGUCCCUGAUAUGGACUGGAAGAGGCUGCGGCUAUCACUGCACUCCCCUGUCCUCGGUCCUCUCAACAAGCCCAUUGUGCCCGUACGGAACACUGAAAAGUCCAAAGAUUGGUACAAGACGAUGUUCAAACAGAUACACAGAAUACCCGAGCCUAUUGAGGAAAACCCUUACCGCCCCACGUACAUUUUCCCCGAGAACUAUGACAUUCACAUGAAAUCAAAAGAUGAUGGUCCUUCUCCCUUUGGUUACCACGAAGACGUGAGAGCAGUCCCACGCUCAAAAAGUGACGCAGAGGUUGAUUCAAGAGGCCGGUCGAUGCCUGUGCCAACGCGGUCCUCUUCCCUCAAACCUUCUGCCAAAAGGAACGAGUGGGAGCCCCCGGAUAAAAAGGUAGACACCAGGAAGUACCGCGCCGAACCCAAGAGCAUCUUUGAAUAUGAGCCGGGGAAAUCAUCAGUGCUGAAGCUGGAGAGAACGACACAGGAUGUAAAUCCAGAAGAUGUAGAUUUAGAGAAUGAGCCUUGGUAUAAAUUCUUUUCAGAGAUGGAGUUUGACAAAGCGAGUGCCCCCUCUUUCAGCCCCCUGGAAACAGCCUCCGACCUGCAACAGUACUCAUCGAGCAAGUCUGGACACAGCGAGGUGGAGAAGGACGGAGGAUCAUCCACGAGCGAGCCUGGGGCUCCAGAAUGCGACCGCCAUGUUUACAAGAGUGUCCUGGAGGGCGGCGACAUUCCCUUACAAGGUCUGCGGGCCCUAAACAAGCGCCAAGCCAGCUCCUCCUCCUCUAAAGUGGAUUAUAAAGGUGGGAAUGGCUAUAUAAUUUCACCCUGCUCCUCUGUAAAUAGUCGAUCGGUUCUUGCCAGUAAUGCAAUAGGUAACCAGUGUAAGAGUAUGAAGCCUCUAUCCGCUGCCAAAGCCUGCAUACCCCAAAUCCUGCCCUCUAAGUUCAAGCCCAAGCUGCUGCCGCCCAGUGGUGACAGUCAGGAGAGCAGGACUAAAGCUGUCAGGCACCCAAAGGCCCACAGCUGCGAGGACCUGUACACAGGGCCCUGUGACACAGAAGAAAGUGAAAACGGGCAUCAUUCAGACUUUAAAUCCAGCUGCGGCACUGAGUGUGUGGACGGCCUCAGGAAUGUUUCUCCCGCAAUUAGGAGGAGCGCAUCCGAGUUUUCCAGCCUGUACAGGACCAUGCAUCACAUCCAGAGGCCCAGCUCGGCCGGCUGCAGCCCCAACGGCAGUGUCCGCAGCCUGGCCUCGCUUUUUGAGAAGUCAAAGGGCGAUGGGGGUGAAAGGUCAGAGGCGGAUGACGGGGGUAACAUUCCACGGGAUGCAGUGUCGUCACGGGUCAGCGAGUUUGAAAUGAUCAUCCAGCGGACCAGCUCGGCCCCCAGCCGCUCCUCCUCCUUGCCCACCCUGCACUCCAGCCACAGCCACAGCCCCAACCACAGCCCCGCCCACCUCUACAUGGCGUCUGCAGUGUCAGCGGAGUCCCUUUUGGUCGCUGACGCCACCCAGAUAGAUGCCUGCUCCCCAGCGGAGGCAGAGGGCAAGAGCUGUGAGGAGGAGGCCUUGUCACCAGGCAGUGUGACUGUGGAGGAGGCUGCUUCCUCCUCCGACGACAGACACAGCGUCAGGGCCGAGUCCCCCUCAAACACCGAGACCGAGAUCGAGCAGAUCUUCAGUAAACGUUCCCCAGAAUUGAUCCGACAAAAUAUCAGUGGAUCAAAGAGUCCUUCAGCCCUGCUUACAGCAUCACCUCCGCAACACAACCACCUCCUCCACCACCACCACCACCACCACCUGCACCACCUGAACCAUCAACUCCUCCUCAAACCCAGCAAAUGCAAAGGCUCUUGCCCGGCCUCUUACACACGCUUCACCACCAUCCUCAGGCAUGAGAGGCAGCAGGCCACAACCCAACAGGAGAGGCCGCCUCAAGAGAAGAAGAACACGCUGCCUGGGAACUUCUUUCUCAUGGGCCCCGCUCCCUUCAGGUUACGGAAGAACCUGCAGUCCCACCAAACUCGACGGACCCUGUUAGCCACCAAGGUGACAACAGGCACCCAGAGGCCCUGCACUUUGUCCCCCGAACCCAGACCUCUGAUCCCUCAGCGCCUGUCCUCCCUGGAGGUCCUUGAGAGGCUGAGUAAUGGAGACGGAAGCAACACUGACCACCUGAGUAACGGGCAGGGCUUGGACGCCAACGGGAACCUACUGCAGCCGCUGGCAGCUCACCGCAGAGACUCGUCCCCAGUUCUCGGGGAGAGCCAGGAUGAAGUGUUGCGAAGGCGUCAUGGGGACAAAGAGAAAAUCUUGGAGGAGCAGCGGCGGCUGAAGCGGGAACAGGAAGAGGCUGACACAGCAUCAAGGCGACACACAGGCAUUGUGCCGACGCACCACCAGUUCAUCACCAACGAGCGCUUCGGAGACCUGCUCAACAUCACAGAUAACACAGAGAAGAGGAAAUCAGGCAUAGAGAGAACUCCAGCCAUGGCUCGCUUCGACUUCAGAGCAGAAACUCUAAAGGAACUGCCGUUUCAGAAGGGAGACAUUGUCUACAUUAUUCGACAGGUGGAUCAAAACUGGUAUGAAGGGGAGCAUCAUGGAAGAGUCGGCAUUUUCCCUCAAAGUUACGUUGAGCUCCUUCCCCCGACAGAGAAAGCCCAGCCAAAGAAAAGUGCCCCAGUGCAGGUGCUGGAAUAUGGAGAGGCUAUCGCUCGCUUCAACUUCAACGGGGACACAGUGGUGGAAAUGUCCUUCAGAAAGGGAGAGAGGAUCACGCUGAUUCGUCGAGUUGAUGAAAACUGGUAUGAAGGCAAAAUCUCAGGCACCAACCGCCAAGGCAUCUUCCCCGUCACCUACGUAGAAGUGAACAAACGACCCCGCGUCAAAAACGGGGUGGAGUAUCUCGACCCUCCUGUCAGCCACUCGCCACAGCGCAGCACCAACGCCUCUCCUCAGCUGUAUCGUAAUCGUCUGACCACCUCGCCCCUGCCCCUCCCUCGCUCCCCCCGCCGCUCCGUGUCCCCCGAGGUCCACGCGAUCUCCUCUGAGUGGAUCUCCCUGACUGUGGGAGGAGGGAGCCCUCCUGCCGCCCCCACCCCUCCCCUGCCACCACUGCCCACCGUGUCCUACCGCUGCGGCGAGUACCUGCCCCCGCCCUACUCUGCCAGCCCCGUGCCUCCCAUCACCGGCAGCCCGUACUGCAUCUCCCCCAUGGCAUCACCAUCAGCCUCCCCUCUUCCCCCACCUUACCCGCCCAGACCCAACUCAACCACUCCCUUCCUCACAUUCACCCCACCUCAGGGGGAGGACUUCCUGCUCUCCCCUCCCUCCUCACAUCUGUCAAACAACGUGAGCCCCUGUGGAGGGCCAGUUCUGGAGGGAUGGGUGAGGGGGGAGAAGGAGUUGACAGAGGGGGAAGGCGCAGAGGGGGAUAGGGGCUACGCAGCCCCGAGCAGCAGGCGAAAUGGCCCUGCAGAGUUUGUGAAGAAUGAGGCUGACCAUCAUGGACGGAGCUCCAGAAGCCCUGUGAUGCUGUUUGACAUCCAAGAUAACAACAAUGUUAACUCAUUCGCGGAGGCAGUGUGUAAUGAGAUCUUGAAUAUAGCUGAGACCUCGGUGAGGUACUGCAGCACCCUGUCCCACCACCCUCAUGACUCUGUCCAUAGACUGCACCCCCACCCCAGUAAACAAUCUCUCAUCAUUUCCCAGCAACCCCUGUCCCACAGCAGCAGCCCGGAGCCGAACCGUCUCAACUGUGGAGUUUUCCAGGCUCUGUACAGUUACGUGCCGCAAAAUGAAGAUGAGCUGGAGCUGCAGGAGGGAGAUCUCGUCAGCGUCAUGGAGAAGUGCGAUGACGGCUGGUUUGUCGGUACCUCAAAGAGGACAAAACAGUUUGGGACUUUCCCUGGGAAUUACGUGAAGGAGGUGAAACUGUAAAGAUAUCUAAUCCGGCUGUAACACGUGGUUGCCUGUCAAGCUUGGGAAGUCAUUACUAUCGCGCAUGGCUGUUGGUUAGCAUAGUCAUUUAGCCAGGCGAAUCCAUUUUGUCUGGGAAAGUGAUCGGUUCGGCCUGAGGUAUGUCAAACUGCACGAGACGGAGACAGAGACAGCUCACUGCCCAAACCUCAGUAUGGUGUACACCUUGGCCACAUUUUACACACUUCUUGACAGAAAUCGUCCGUCUCCACGUGUGGGAUUUCUUCCACCACAAACUAGCUGUUAUUGCACAGAUAAUAGCUUCCAUCUUGCCCAUGUAAUUUACACAAGUGUUUACGUAGCACCUCGGUGUGGAGGCCGGCAGCAGAGCAGUGUAUGGAUUAAAGAGUGGAUCUUAUUACCUGAACUGGACUUUGGGGGGAUUCAGAAUGUAUUUUUAUGGGACGUGUGGUCGGAGCUGUUUGUCAUGCGCUACCUUUCAGGGCCGGAGGUGUUUUAUCAUGAUUAGAUAAAUACGACACAAAUCACGCAUCUCGUGAUUCAGAGACAUUAGACGCUGCUUCCUAAAGAAAACCUGUGGUGUUUGGAUCAACAUACCAGACAUGUAUGAAAUUUAAUGAGGUGGUUUAUUUUUGGACUCGAUUUAAUUCAGUGCCCUCCAGAGUUUUCUUACAUUUUAUGUUUGAAUCCCCUUUAGAAACUGGUCUGACAAACUGGUUUUCCUUUCUUUUUUUUUUUUUUUUACAUUCUCUCAGUCAUCAUAAGUCAGUAUUUGGAAAAAUGAACAGCAUUCACAACACAGUGUAACCCGAAAGCUUUAGGAACCGGUUCAGUAUUGCCUUUAUUUUCUAUCCAAAGGUUGUUAUACAAUAAUUAUUACAAAGUCAUGUGCAUGACGGGAAACACUCAAAUGUUGAAGUGUGCUCUUAGCUUCUCUUUUUCAGUUACCACAGCAAAUACAGGACACGCGGACUGUGUUGCAUGUCUGAAACUGUGUAUAUGCACAUCCUUUAUUUUCAGAAUCUAUUUAUUUGUCCUUUUAUAUCUUUUCCAUCUAAAUAGAAUCGUGUUUUUGCUGAUGGACGACGCCUGUAAGGUAGCUGGUGGUAGACACCUAGCUCCAGCGCAACCACAGCACAGGCGUGGUAGCACUUAACUUCCUGUUUGGUCAUGUAGGGAGAUCCCACCUAACAAAAUAAUAGUAGAUUAAUCACCAAAAAAAACAAACUGUUUAACGUUUUGAGCAAAGCCAACAAGGUGUCUUAGAAAAUAAUCAUACUGACCUUAAGCGCAUAUUGGGAUUUUAACCACGCCCUCGCUCACAAGAUUAUAUGUUUUAGCCAUGUAAAUGUGUACAGAAAACUUUUAAGAGGCCUUCCAAAUAUGGCUACAUAUUUUCAUAUGUAAUGACUACGACUUGGUAAUAGAGUUAGUGGAAUGAUUUAAACAAUGAGGUCAGCAUUAGUACAGCAUGCACUGUAAUAUCAGUCAGAGAUUGACAAGUCAAAUCGGAGCAUGAGACACUAUCAGCCUCAAUAUUUGCCACCCUUAGCUUAAAGAAAACAGAAGUGAUGACAGGGUUAACAGUCAGCUCUUUGAGCUUCAAUAGCUCCCUGACGGAGGAUUCCUUUGAAUUCUGCUAUCAAAGCAUCGCAGCCGUCUCCCCCACGAGAACAGAGCUCCCACAUCUCCGGCACCAUCAGAUCCUGCAACAGACACCACAUGUCAGAAUAGAUCCUCCACACGCACACAAUGAAAGAUGAUAGCUAUUGUUUUUCUCUGCUUGUGUUUUCAUCAAAUUCCUUGUUGGCACCAGCCGCUGCACCGUGCUCAUCAGUCCUGAGCAGAGGUGUGAUAUAGUGCUUGCAAAUCUUUCUUAGAGCUUGUUGUGACCUGCUGGGACUGGCAGAUUGAUGCAGUUUGAAGAGUAAUUGCUAAACAAGUAUUUUAAAGGGAUAGUUGAGAUUUUUUUUGAAGUAUUACCUCCAGCAGAUGUCAGUUUGGUGAUGCUUAGCAAUGUCCUGAUGUGGACGGGGGUCAGCAGCAAAAUGUAUUUUAGCCUCCUAAAAAAAAAAAGUAAACACCUUAAAAUCUGUAUGCUAUAUGGAGAGUAUUUUCACUGCUUUACCUCUCUGAUGGGGAUGUGACUUCAGUUUCACGUCUAAGCUCCUAUCAAAGCCACCAGACUCCAUCCAGAAAAACUGUAAUUGUAAUUCACUGACCACAGGAGCUGCUGGUCUUCUGCUGCUUCGAUCAGUUAGACUUUUUGUGUUACUGUGUGAUUUUGGUGAAUCUGAACUAACCCUUUCAUACACCAAAGUCGCACGUUAACAUGAACUGACUUUUCGAGGCAGCAGUGAGCCAGCAGCUCAUGUGUUCAACAACGUUAAAUCUCAGUUUUUCUCUGUGGAGUUUGGCUUCUAAGAGAGCGAGAUAACUGCUUCAUUUUCUCGUUAGAAAUUGUUGUUUGACAUUAAGGUAAAGCAGUGAAAAUAUGUUUUGUUGCUGAGCCCACCAAAGCAGUUGAUUCCUUAGCUUUCAUUUCAGACUCUAUCCUGCUUCUCCAAACUGGGGGCGUGCUGACUGACAUCCACUGCACAUAGCAUACCGUCUUUGGAUAAGUGCCCCAUAAAAACCCAACUCAAAGAGUCUGAACUCUCACUUUAAAGUCAGUUUAGUUUAUAGCACGUGGAUCUGAUGCUCCAAGACAGAACCUUUUCCCAUAAAUCAACAUAUUUCUAUCAAACGAUGCUAGACUAUCAGCGGGCCUACAUUUUAGACUCGCUAUGAUCAUGUGAGUACACAAAAUUAAAAAAACAUAAUGUGAAGUGUUGAAAGAUAAAACAGUCGCUCCUCGAUAGAUCUAAAAGUGUAUGUUUACUAUAUCAUUGUUUCUGUUUUUUGUUUUUUUUUUUUGAAUGCGUUAGCUGCGGUUGUGCAGUGAUGAUGAACAUUGACCUGGUUGGAUCAUGGUUUGAAGCUUGCGACCACAUGUAUGAAGUUCAAUAAUCAAUGAAGUGCAUUAAUUUAACGAAAUUCAGUAGCAAUCAGUGUUUCAUCCUCUCUGAUGUUUGCUGUUGAGGCAUAAUCAGGUGUCUUGCACGGACAGUUUUGCCAACUUCAGCAAAGGGAAUGUUUUGUCAAGAUAAUACACCGCAUUGUGUGUUUGCCUGUAUAGCACUGAUAUAAUAUUCAGGUAUUUUGUUACACCACAAAAGCAUGUUUUUCCCUCCACUGCUGGCUAAACAUUUCUGUUCCUGUGUAACUCCAGCUGCGCUUAAAUGUGCUGAUUGGUUGGGAGUCUGUUUCUUCCCUGACAACACAAUUAGGGAGGUUCGCUCCACCUCAAACACGCCACAUGAUGGACAAAUCACUCACUUAGCCAUAACGCAACUCACUCUAGAUUGUUUCUGUGAUAUACUGCGCUCCAGAAAACAUCACAGGAUGUAUGAAUGUAUGAAUAUAUGAAUGUGGCGCACAUAAUAUGUAUAAAAAAAUUUUAAAAAGUCUGUAUUUUCAUCUUGAAUGAACAUGCAGAUUACUGAUCAGCAUGGCACAAGAAGGACUGUAAAUAUGUAUAAUAAAAAAAUAAGACUGCGAGCGAUGGGAGCGUCAGAUGGAGCUCCAUUGUUUGCAGCAGUUUAUUUACCUGAAGGAUUUUUGGCAAAGCACAGAGUGGAGCGUUACUGAGCACAGGGAGUUUGACGCAUAUGAACAUUACGCUGCCAUUUGUGACAUUCAUAAUGCCUUAUGUUAGCAAAAUUGUGCCUCAUUUUCAUUUAAUUAUUUUAAUUAUUGUUGGGAUUAUCACUGAAAUGUAUCCAUGACAUAUUUAAUGUAACCAUGGUUUUCCCGUCAGUCCUAGUCUCUGUGAUGGGAGAACAUUUACUAAGAACUUGUCAGUUACUGUGCAAGUACCUAAAAGUGUGACACGAUGCUUUAACUUAAUGAUUAAUAAUCAUAAGAACGGGCUAGUUUGAUGAGACGCACAACCUGCAACAGGUUUUGGUUUGUUUGCUUCAAUUUGCAGUGCUGUUACAUUGACAAUAUUAAAAAUAAAGAUACUAUACACUGCUGUGACUUCGGUAUUAUGCAAUAUUUAAUAAACCAUUUAAACUA